UGCCGCCUCCAACUGCCUCUGCCCCGCCGCGGCCGCGUGCUCUUGCAGUUUGACACCUGCCUGGGUCCCAGCAGGUCCCUUGGGAGCCGCUUCAGGAAUGCAGGAUGGCGGGGCGCGGCUGCUCACCUGCCUCCCGCACAGGGCCUGCUCCUCUCCUCCCUGGAGUGGGCGGGAGGGGAGGCUUCGCAAGACAAAAACCAUAUUGAUAUGAAUCCACGUGUUUUCAUAAAAAUUCCCUCUUUGAUGGGAGACGCCUUGCUUUGGGCAUCCCUUUUUCUAUCUUUUCUUUCUUUUUUUUUUUUAAAGAAAUGUUGUUUUAAGUUUCCAAGCGUCUUGGCCAUGUGAACAGCUCGUCCCUGCCUGAGGAGCCGCAGUACCGCCCUCUCCCUCUCCACCCUCCCACCUGGGCCCCCAGAGAGGCAUGACCUUGCUCUUCGUGACCGGCUGUGCCUUCUUCCCCUUGUGCUUUGCGGUCCUGCGCUGGGGCCUGCAGAACCUCACCAGCCUGCAGAUGGAGAGACAAGAGGCUGUGCUGGUGGCAUCCAAGCUGGUGUCCUCUGUCCAGGCCAUCAUGGCCUCCACCGCUGGCUACAUUGUCUCCACCUCCUGCAAGCACAUCAUUGAUGACCAGCAUUGGCUGUCCUCUGCCUACACGCAGUUUGCAGUCCCCUACUUCAUCUACGAUAUCUACGCCAUGUUCCUCUGUCACUGGCACAAGUACCAAGUCAAAGGGCACGGGAGGGAUGACGGGGACGCCCGAGCCCCCGGGAGCACCUGGGCCGUGGUGCGCGGCUACCUGCACAAGGAGUUCCUCAUGGUGCUCCACCACGCUGUCAUGGUGCUUGUGUGCUUCCCGCUGUCAGUGGUGUGGCGACAGGGCAAGGGGGACUUCUUUCUGGGCUGCAUGUUGAUGGCGGAGGUGAGCACCCCCUUCGUCUGCCUUGGCAAGAUCCUCAUCCAGUACAAGCGGCAGCACACGCUGCUACACAAGGUUAACGGAGCCCUGAUGCUGCUCAGCUUCCUGUGCUGCCGGGUGCUGCUGUUCCCCUACCUGUACUGGGCCUACGGGCGCCACGCCGGGCUGCCGCUGCUCGCCGUGCCGCUGGCCAUCCCCGCGCACGUGAACCUGGGCGCCGCGCUGCUGCUGGCCCCCCAGCUGUACUGGUUCUUCCUCAUCUGCCGCGGGGCCUGCCGCCUCUUCCGGCCCCGAGGCUGUCCGCCACCCUCUCCUUGUCAGACCCAGGACUGAGAGCGGGGGUGGGGGGCCCAGGGACCCUCCCCGCCCCGCCCCCGUGGGGACAGAGCUCUGGGGCCGACGGGUGGGGUGGGGGAGGGGCCGGGACGGACAGAUGGACUCGAUAUGGGGAGGGGCCUUCUUCCCUCAGGGUCGCUAAAGGCAGGGACCAGGUGACCAGAAGGCAGAGGCUGAGGGGACCUCUUUCCCACAGUGCGGGCACCCCUUGUGCGGGACAGAGGAGGGGACAGUCUUCCCCCUGCUCGGGCUGGAGGACUCGCAGGGAGAUAGCAAGGACGCAAGGGGACCCUGAGGGAGGCCCCGCCCCCCAGCACACCCCAGCCCCCCAGCUGCAACCCGCUGGGCCGCCCCACCCCGGAAUGGGGAAGAGGACUCCCGCACCCACCCGUGGGCCUCGGGGGGGCGGGGCGGGUUGCCCCGCAUGGCACCUCUCCCGGACUUGGGGGAGACCAGCUUGAGGAAGCGUAUUUAUUUUAUUUAUUCGCCCGAAUUCAAGCUAGUUUGUUGGGUGGGGGGAGUGGAGGCUGCUACCCGCCCUUCCCAGUGCUGAGCAGCCCCGGGGCAGGCGAGGGGCGCCCGGCCCCGCCGCUCGGCCGCGCAUCUUUGCUCUCGGGCCCCGGCACGUCCCUGGUGCUACAGACCUCUCCAGGCGCUCCCCCAGUCUGGGGUCGGGGGACCCUGGGAGGUGCUUUCCAGACCGCUAAUAAAGAUCUCCGAGAACAGCC